AUGUCGACAUUUCCAUGGGCAGGUAGACAUCUUGGAGGCCACGUCCCGCGAAGGUCAAUGCCAGAUCAGCAGAGCCUGCAUGGAGAAGGUCUGGCAGGAGGCUGGCAAGGAUGCGCUGAGCUACGAGGAGCGGGCGAAAAAGGAGGGCCAACCAGAGCUCCAAACUUCCAAGGGCGAGGUCCACUACUUCGAGGAAGUUGGUGGCGCUCCAACCUACUUGGUGGAGGUCGGGCCAAACCGAAGCCGGCAGUAGCUUUAGCCAGUAUACUAUAG